CCUGCCUAGUUUGUAAUAGAUGUAACUGGAUCGGACGGUCAUGAUUGAAAGAUCUAAGCUUUAUUAAUUAUUGCCGCCAGUAGUGACAAAAGGCCAGGGGGUCCACUGAUCGCCGGGAAGCUUCAAAGCAACGGACCUCUUCUUCUUGACUUGUUUCUUUGGCUUUCUGAUUCCGGCGAAAACGGAAGAUGUUUUUCUUGAGAUCUAAGUAUCUAUGCUUGACUGAAGACUUCGAUAUCUAAGUUCUCUCUCUUUCUCGAAUUUGGUUUUCCAGUGGAGUAGCGAGAACGCCGUUUGAACAGAUCGACCUGAGAAAUCUCCAUAAAGCUGAAAUUCUUCCGAAGAGGGACGAUUUUGGACUCUCUGCAGCUUUUUAUUGGUGGUUACUUUGUUUUCAUAUGGCUUGCUGUGAUGGGAACAAUCAGCAUGAGUGGAUAGAAAGAGUGAAAAAUGAAGGAUCCGUUCCACUUCUUGAACCAGAUAACUGCCCAAAUGGCUGGGCUUCCCCACCAGGAGAUAAGUUCAUGGUUAGAGGUCCAGAGUAUUUGACUACCAAAGUCAAGGUUCCUGCAGGUGACUACCUUCUAAGGCCUCUUGGGUUUGAUUGGAUCAAAGGUGCUUCAAAAAUUAGUGAGAUCUUAAAUCACCCAAAUAGCCAUAUUAGGAAAGCUAUCGAGGAUGAGUUUCCAAUGGCUGAUAAGCCUUUUGUAUGGGCUUUUAAUCUACAAGUCCCUAGUAAGGAUAACUAUAGCGCUGUAGCAUAUUUUGUAUCAUUGGAUCCUAUUCCACAGGGGUCCUUGAUGGAUCAAUUUUUGAAAGGGGAUGAUGCUUUCCGGAAUUCAAGGCUUAAAUUAAUAGCCAAUAUUGUAAAGGGUCCUUGGAUUGUCAGAACAGCAGUGGGGGAGCAGGCCAUAUGUAUACUUGGACGAGCUGUUUCUUGCAAGUAUUUCAUAGGGGAGAACUACAUAGAAGUUGAUGUUGAUAUUGGAGCUUCAAUGGUUGCAAAUGCGAUUGUUCACUUAGCAUUUGGUUACAUUACAACACUGACUGUUGAUCUAGCAUUUUUAAUUGAGAGUCAAACUCAAUCAGAGCUGCCAGAACGGAUUUUAGGAGCUGUACGAUUCUCAGAACUGAAUCCAGCUUCAGCUCAGCCAAUUGAGCCCCCCUCUGUUGGAAGCACUGAAAAUUUGCAAUCCUCUGGAUGGUGGAAAUCAAUAGGACAAGGCUUCUCCCACCUUCUACACCGAGGUGCCCAGGACAGUGGCUCUGCCUCCAACUCAGCCCAUGUAAAUGGCAGUACUAAUCACGAAGAAAGUGGCAAACUAACAACUGAUCAACCUAAUGCCAGGAGUUAAUGUAUUUAUCUUUCUGCGAGGGACAGAAGCCUGGAAUUGGCAGCCAUCUGAUACAUUCGCUUGUUAUCUCGACUUGUUUCCCUGUAAUAAUUUAUUCAACUGUCAGGAAGUUGACGAGAAAGAUAUGGCCUCUGUUUUUCAUGAGCCACACGUCUUCACUGUGUUAAAUGUCGAUUUAAUUCAUGAAAUUCUUUGUCAUUCCGCGGGUCAUUUAAGUUGUCUUUUAGUAGAAAUCCAGUAAUUGUUGUUGUUGUUGUUGUUGAUGAUGAUGUCUAUCUUUGAAGGGAGUAACAUUAAAUCUCAAGUUGUAGUAUUCAAUAUUUCAUAAUUCGUCAGUUGUCAUUCCUUCUGAUUUUGUUACUUGUGAUAUUGAUUGUAGUUCUUAAUGCAUGUACAGAAGAAUGGUAUUUACUUCAUGGGUAUGUAGCUUCAGUUAUUAUAGGAAUAUUGUUGAUGUUAAUAUUA